AGCUAAAAUACUGCAAUGGGCCUAAUAUUGUAGACGUAUACUAGCCAGUCAGGAUUGUGCACUACGAACAGUUCUGUUGUUAAUAUUUUAUUAAAAAGGCAUUAAGUGUUUGCAAGUGAACAGUUUGAUGGAAAAAUUGUUGCACAAGAUAAGGUGUGACGUGAGAUGCAAUUGGAGUGAACAGUUUGAUGGAAAUCGUUGCACAAGAUAAGGUGUGACAUGCACAAUUGGGAUCACAAAAGAGAUGCUAACAAUAAAAUAUCCACAAUAAGCAAUAAGGCCAUACCAAAUAUGUUUCACGGAUUUUUCGGGCAAAAUUCAAAAAUUAGGUGUCAAGGUGAGAGAUCAGAUUGCAACGCAACAAUUGCUAAAGUGGUGUUUUGUGACUCUGUUUAUGGUUUUCUAUUUUGCUUCUGGCCUGCCAUCCUGGUCUAUUCUCGGGGUUCAAAGGUCCAUGAAACAUUGGUGUGGCCAGACUUUCUGACAAACUGAUGCAUUAUAGAGUAGCAUGUCAAUGGACAACAGCUGUUCAUACAUGUAGUGUGAGCUACAUGUGUAUGAUUUGCUUGUUGUGGUACAUGUGAUUAUGAAUCACUAGCGUGUUUUCACAUUGGGAUACUUUAUGUAUCCAUGUUUUGCCAUUAAAUGUUUUGCCAUUAAUUAAGAGUGAUUGAUUGAAGUAAAUGCUCCCGAGCUCAAAGACAAAAAUAAAAUGUUUCUUGCAUGUUUGAAAUUCAAUAAUGAGCUCGUGUCUGAUUAGAGAUUCCAGAUGGUUGCCUUAUUAAAUGCUCCUAGCACAUGCUCUUAGUUUACAGUGUUAGAGCAUCCAUUGGGGUUUGAGUUUCCCCGCAGCAAAUUGUUAUAUCUACUGCGCAUGCCCGUGCGCAUAGUAAUCAAGUGAACCUGUGGUCGAGAUAAGUUGUAACCCAGGCUAUUAACCCAAGCUGUGUGUGUAUUAACGUGCAAGUGGCUGUACUGCAUGGUUUAUAUCUCUUAUAGUUUUAGUAGCCAAACUAGCUUGUACAGUUUCAAGGCUACUUAGAUCUAUAGCUAGCAGAAGCUAAUAGCUAGCUAUGGAAAUAAAGUCUGAUUCAACUCCAAAUGUGUGUUGUAAGCACUCAAGACUGUCAUCAAUUGGACUCUGCUGUCACACAAUGUCCUGCAAGACAAGCAGUACAGCCCCAUGCAGACACAGAACUGAUAAUGAGCCAGCAGCAGAUUUACACAGAACCUUAUCAGGGAACAUGAAACUCACAACACUUCACUGGCUAUUGCUGGUGCCUUUAUUUGCCAUUCUUUUAUCCGAUGUCUGCAAUGGACUUGUAGUGGACAAAGAUUUUUUGGGUGAAGGCAUUGAUGAUGAUAAUGUGACAGAUUCUAUUAGAGAAAGAAGAGCGUCACGUAGCCUAUUUAACCAUGGAGCAUGGGAAAACGCAACAGUACCGUACGUCUUUGACAAAGGACUACCGCUGAGAAUGCAAAGGCAAGCAGUGAAGGCCAUGUGUGCUUGGAUGAAACAAACACACUGCAUUAAAUUUGUGGAGAGAACAGAUGAAAAGAACUUCAUUCGAUACCAGUACAGUAGAACGGGGGAGUGUGUCUCAUUAGUGGGCAGAAUAGAUUCCAAAUUUUUUUCUACCGGACAGCCAGUGUUUCUAACCUUAAGCUGUAACCGCGGACACAUCAUGCACGAGCUAGGCCAUGCACUGGGAUUCUACCAUGAGCACGAAAGAAGAGACAGAGACCGAUUUAUACAAGUCCUCAGGGACAACGUACUACCGAACGCUCUUAGAAGAUUCGACAUACAAGAUCAUGUUGCAGCAGUCGGUGCUCCAUAUGACUAUGCGAGUAUAAUGCAUUUUUCUCUUUAUGAGUAUUCCCGUAAUGGCUUGAAAACUCUCGUUCCUUUAAGUAUUUAUGAGGGUGUGAUCGGGCAGAGAAAAGGACUCAGCCGCAUAGACAAGGAACUAAUCAACGACAUCUAUCCGUGUUUGGACAUAGGUGCUAACAACGACAUCCUACCAACAAAUGCCGACUUUAUCAAAGACGGUAACUGGAUCACGCUCUCCCCUACGAGUGUGGUGAAGCACUACAAGAAGAGACUAGUGUGCGAUGCUCACAACUGUACACUCAGCGAAUGUGCCGGUCGAUUAUUUAAAUAUUACGAUGCACUUGACUGUCCCGAUAACCUUAUUUCUAUCAGGAAGAUCUCCGGAUCAGAGGACGAUAAAAUCAUCAGAUCAGGGGACACAGUAUCAAUCAGAUGGGAAACAAGCACUGUCAAUGGACCCACCUUUGCUCCACUCUACUGUACUAACGAUACUAUGUGCUCACUGUCAGGACAAUGUGGUGGACAAGAGCCUUGCAAACAGCAGAUAUUUACUAUUGACGCACGGGGGAAGAAUCCAUUAGAUUUGGUAAUAAAACACAGCGAUAAAAUAACUUUGCAGCAGAAAGUGACUAAUGACGCUGUAUAUGCACUGUCUUGUGCACAAAAUGUGACUUGUACAAUUACUCGAUGUAAAACUGGCACUGUCGAUGACUGUAAUAGACUAGACUUGUGGUUCCUUGUUCAAAAGUAUUAGGUGUGAUUUUUGUGAUUUUCGUAGCUGUUUGUUCGUUUGUAAAUAGCCCCCCCCCUGACUUGUGUUUUCACUGGACACGUUUGUGGAUUGAGCACAACCUGUCUGUUUCAGUACGUAUCAAUCAUCCAAGUCACUUUUUAUUUUUUAUCAGCCGUAUAUAUUAUUCCAAAGACACCUUUAUACCAGCAUGUCAUUUCUGCAGCAAACAAUUUUAUGAAGCAAUUGUAAGCUUUUAUAAU